CAACUACUCCAACAUCAGCCGUUCUUACCAAUUAUAAGUGACGUGUAUGGAGGACCAAAACCUAGAGGUGUGUAAGCUAGUGGAGAAGAUCUCCCGUCUCCACGCCGCCAUCUCAAAGCUGCCAUCGCUAAGUCCCUCCCCUGAGGUCGACGCGCUGUUCACUGAGCUCGUCGCGACGUGCGUCCCGUCGAGCCCGGUUGACGUGACCAAGCUCAGCCCGGAGGCGCAGGAGAUGCGGGAGGAGCUCAUCCGCCUCUGCUCCGCCGCCGAGGGACACCUGGAGGCGCAUUACUCCGACAUCCUCACGGCCUUCGACAACCCGCUCGACCACCUCGACCGCUUCCCCUACUACGAGAACUACGUCAACCUGAGCAAGCUGGAGCACGGGUUCCUGGCGCGCCACGCGGCGGCGCCGGCCCGGGUGGCGUUCAUCGGGUCAGGCCCGCUGCCGUUCAGCUCGCUCUUCCUGGCGACGAACCACCUGCGGGGCACCCGGUUCGACAACUACGACCGGUGCGCCGCGUCCAACGACCGGGCGAGGAGGCUGGUGGCGGCGGCGGAGGAGGGCGUGCGCGCGCGCAUGGCGUUCCACACGGCCGACGUCGCGGACCUCACGGCGGAGGAGCUCGGCGCGUACGACGUGGUUUUCCUGGCGGCGCUCGUGGGCAUGGCUUCCGAGGAGAAGGCCGAGGCCAUAGCGCACCUGGGGAAACGCAUGGCGGACGGGGCCGCGCUCGUCGUACGGAGCGCGCACGGGGCGCGAGCGUUCCUGUAUCCUGUCGUGGACCUCGAUGAUAUCAGGCGCGGCGGGUUUGAGGUGCUGGCCGUGUACCACCCUACCGGCGAUGAGGUGUUCAACUCGUUCAUCGUUGCUCGCAAGGUCGAGGAAGCUGUUUCCGCAUGUCUCGCUCCCCUCCCAGCGCCCGGCCGCCAUCUCCCUCCACCCCCGUGCUCGGUGCACAUCGACCACUUCAUCCCCGCCGACGCCGCCGAGCUAGGCCUCGGCGCAGGCACCGGCGAGCUCCCGGCCGCCGCCCACGAACCCGCCGCGGCUGCCGACGACAAGGUCCCGCUCGCCGACCUCUCCCCGCGGGAGCUCCAGCUCGUGCUUGUCUACUUCGCGCAGGAGGGCCGCGACGCCUACUGCGCGCUCGAGGUAACCGACGGGUUGUGCCGCGCCGACCACGUGGACGGCGAGACCAUGGAUCUCAUGACCGCCAUCGCCUGCGGCUGGAUCGAGCGCCUCGUGGGGACCGGCGGCGACGUCUCCGCGCUGCUUGGGGAGAUGGACUGCGUCGGCUUGCGCCCCGGGUUCAGCCUCGUCCAGAAGGGACGUGCUUAG